GUGUAUGUAUGUGUGUGAGGUGAGUGAGGCUUCACUUUCACUCCUGUUUCUUUGGUUAAAAGUAUAAAAAAAAUCUUUGCUUUGCUUCGUUAUGCUCGCUCCUUGUCUUAUAGUGUGUCAACGCUUACAAAAAGAGCAACAGCCACCCCCUCAACGGAAGUUUCCUCCCCUCCCCUCCCUCUAAAAAUACCCCCUUUUACUUUGUUUAUCUUUACUGUUGCUUUCUCUUUUUUAGGCUUUGCUUUAGGGUCUGUUUCAACUCUUUAAAACCCACAAAAGUCACACCAAGGUUCACUUAAUGCUCUCCUUCCACCCGCUUGCAAUCUCUCUUACACUCUCAUCUCAGGUACUUCCCCUCUCAUUCCAACCUUAUUUCUUUAAUGGGUUACGUUUUAUCUUUUGUUACAAUUUAAAGAAAAAAACUUUUUUUUUUUAGUUUUUUGAGUUUUCCCACUUCAAUUGAUGGAUACCCAAUCUUCUUUUCAAGAAUUUAGAAGUGAAAAUCAAGUGGAGCUUUGAAACAAUGACUUUUUUAUGGUCUUUUUUUGUUCUUACCCAAGUGGUAUGGUGGUGUUGUUAUCACUUCUUUAAUGUUAGCACUAUUUUCAGCGCUUCAUUACAGUACCUUUUUGAUAGGAACUAAAUUUUCGGUUUUAAUACGAGAAAAUAGGAACAAAACUAGAGUCUCUUAGUGCUUUUUAUCAUGUGUGUGGACCUUUAAUGGCUAACGUGUUAGUUAGGUUGUCAAAUUUUGCCUAAUCUUUAUAAUUAACGAUGUGAUAUUCAAGCCCUCAUUUGCCUUGUUACAUUUAUUCUCUAAAAUGUUAAUUUUCUGAAAUAAUGGAGAUUGGUAAUGGCUGCAUUUCAAAGAAGAGAAAGUUAGUUGAAGAAGGGUCCUUGGAUGAGCUUAAUGAAGACCUUUUAGAAAGGGUACUCUCAUGGCUGCCAACUUCAACGUUGUUUCGCCUCGGUUCAGUGUGCAAGAGAUGGAAAUCAAUGGCGGAUUCUCAAAGUUUCAAGCUUGCUUGCUCAAGGAUUCCUUCAAGGGAUCCAUGGUUUUACAUGGUGGACGCCGAUCUUAAUCGAUCGAUUGUCUUUGAUUCCGCCAAGAGUAGUUGGAAAAGACUCAACCAUCCGUCUCUACUAUUGCGUGAUCAUAACCGCGACUCCAUCCCGGUUGCAGCGUCCGGUGGCCUUGUUUGUUUUAGAAACAUGUCUGGUGGUUACAUCGUAUGCAAUCCCGUGACUGGAUCUUGUCGCGAACUGCCUCCUGUGGAUCCGGGUCAGUCCCUUCUUGCUAUUGCAAUGAAUGCAUAUUCCAACUACCAUGGUUCAUAUAAGCUAGUUUUGGUAUCUGGUGAUCUUCCAAAACUUUCGUUUAAAGUUUAUAACUCGAUUACCAAUUGCUGGGAAGAAGAGAUUAUGUUGAGAAGAAACGCCGAUGAUUGUACCAAAUCCAACGACAACGAUGAUGAUGCCGUUUACUUCCUUAGUACAGCCGGAAACGUAGUGGUAACCAACAUGCAAAGAAGCCCUUCCAAGCAAUAUUCAUCAGUGUUUACACUUAAAGAUGGUGAAGAGAUUGUUUAUUUCCUCACCUCCUCAGGCAGAGUAAUUGCUUGCAAUCUUACCCAAAAGUGUUUCUCCGAAUACCCAAGACUGUUGCCGGUCUUCUCUGAGUACUCCAUCGAUGUGGUGGAGUGUAAAGGAGAGAUGUUGGUCGUAGUGUUAUCCGAAUUCUUCGAAAGUGCUAGCCUUAGGGUAUGGCAAUGUGAUCCAAAAACGAAGACAUGGAAUCAGAUUGCAGUGAUGCCGCCUGCAAUGUCACACGAGUUUUACGACAAGAAGUUGGACAUAAACUGUGUUGGUGCUGGUGAUCAGAUCUUUAUCUGCUUAAGCUCUGCUGAGCUUUGCAGCUAUGUUCUGUACAAUUUCGUGACGAACCGAUGGGUGGAAUUGCCCGAAUGCUCGGUGAACGGUGAAUCGUUGGAGUUCAUGUCUGCGUUGUCGUUUGAGCCGAGGAUUGAGGCUUCGGUAUGAAAAAAACAAUGGUGUGAAUUGUAAGCAAUGGUUUAAAAGGACAUUGCUUCAUUUUAUUUUGUUAUUUCUAGUAUUCAUUGAGUAUUUGUUCUGUUAUUUGAAUUGUUUAAGCAGAUUAGCCCACAAAAGUUGGCAUACAAUCAUAUUAUGAUGUAAUUUGUUGAAUGUAUUCAUGAGAUUAUGCUUUGAGACUAUUAUUGGUUUCAUCAUUCAGUUGGAAUUUCAUGGUAUAAAAUUUCAAGAGUUUUUUCAAAAA